AUGCCAAAUCGUAGAAAGCCGAAUACAUUAUUUUUGCCUGCUCGGAUCAAGCGGCUAAUGCAAAAAGAUGAAGAAGUCGGAAAACUUUCGGCAACAGUUCCGGUGAUUGCAGCACGUGCAUUAGAACAAUUUCUUGAAGAACUUAUUACUAAGUCGGCAUCAAUAACAAUUUCACUUCAAGCUAAAACUUUAACACCUGAACAUAUUCGACAAUAUAUAUAUACUGAUGCACGUCUUUCAUUUCUUCAUGAUUUAGCUAAUCGAAUGGGAACUGGUCCAAAUAAUGUUGGACGAACACUUUCAACAUCUUCUGCAAUAUCAACAACAACAAAUCGUUCACCAUAUCAACAACAAUUAAGUGUACCUUAUCAAGAUCCAUUACCAUUACCAUCAACAACAUCUACAAAUCAAACGAAUUUACUCUAUAUGAAUCAUCAAUUAAGUCGUACAUAUUCAAAUCAAUAUUAUACUAAAGUAAAAACAAAUAAACGAAGUUUUGAUCUUGUUGAUGAUGAACAAGAAGAAGACGAUGAUGAUGAUGAUGAUGAUGAUGACGAUGAUGAACGAUUUAUGCCUAAUCAUACAGCCACAUGA